AUGACGGACCAAGAACGCGACCGGCCCGAUUCACCUGAUGCUGACCACCCUACUACCAAGGAGGGUGUGGCAGAGAGGAAGCGCAAGGGGAAGGAGCUGGCGGACGACCAGGAACGUGAGAGGGUUGUGCGCGGGCUGGAGUGGGAUCGUGAUGAGUCGGAUGCGGACGACGAUGAGGAGGAGGCCUAUGAGGAGGAGGAGGACCAGGAGCUGGACGACGACCCUUUCCGCGAGGAGGAUGAGGAGGAGGAGGAUGUGGAGGAGAUAGGCAUGGAUCAGCCUGAGUGA